AUGAGCAGCAAUAAUAAUAUAGCAGCGUUGGAACCCUUUGUGGGACACGAGGACCCAAAUGACUUGUUUGAGCUGAUCGAGGAGAUUGCCGAGGGCAGCUUUGGCACGGUGUACAAGGGCAGACAUCUGCCGUCCAACAACAUCAUGGCCGUCAAGAUCAUUGGCCUCGACGAGGAUGAGACCUUUGACGACCUGGUCGUGGAGAUCGACAUUCUCAACAGGUGCAACCACAACAACAUCGUCAAGUAUCACGGCAGUUGGGUCAAAGGCGACGAACUCUUCAUUGCCAUGGAGUGCUGUGGCGGUGGAUCAAUCACUGAGAUCUAUCAAGAACUCAAUAUUCCACUUAGUGAAGCACAGAUUGCAUAUGUAUGCAGAGAGACAUUGAAGGGAUUGGAUUACUUACAUAAUCAUGGAAUCAUACAUCGAGACUUGAAGGGCGCGAACAUCUUGUUGACAGACAAUGGUGAGGUCAAGCUGGCAGACUUUGGUGUCAGUGGUAUAUUGGAUGGCGAUACAAAGAAGCGCUUGACCUUCAUUGGCACACCCUAUUGGAUGGCGCCCGAGGUCAUUGAGAACAGAAGCAAUCAAGUACCCUACGAUACCAAGGCUGAUAUCUGGUCUCUUGGAAUCACAUUGAUAGAGUUGGCCGAGGCUGAGCCACCUCUGUCUGAGAUCCAUCCAAUGAAGGUGUUGUUCCAGAUACCUUACAGAGACCCUCCCAAGUUGAAGAACCAAGAGAACUACUCCAAAGACUUUGUCAACUUCAUUCAAUGCUGUCUCCACAAGGAUCCAAAUCAAAGAAAGACUGCUGUAGAGUUGCUAAAGCAUCCAUUCCUUGCAAGAACACCUGAGAAGGUUAUAUUACAAGACUUGAUUACGCGAUAUAGGAAGUUUAGAUUGGCCGAAGCUGCGAUGGAUGAGGAACCGGAUGAGAAUGAUGUUGAUGAGGAGUCCGACGAGGACAAGAAGCAUGGCACCAAUGGACAUGUGAACCCAUCGCCACCCCCAUCACCAGUGAACGCUCGAGCAAACAGUGUCAGCAACGGCAGCAACGGCAAGGGACCAAGCGUCAGCAGUCCUCAGUCGCUGGCGCCACACUCUGCCACCGCCGCAGCCAACAACAAGCUGAGAAACGAUAGCAGUGGCGAGCUAAAGAACAAGCUGACCAGCUCAUCGUCGUCCGACAACGACAAGAGUCAUCCAUCCACACCCACACAGCCCAGCACGUCGUCCACGCACCAUAAGGACGGCGCGGGCAACGGCCACUCCAAGCCAUCGUCUGGCCACUCGACAAGCGACAACCAUCACAAUCAGAACAAGUCGCCCGACAUACGCACCAACCGCAAGGCGGGCCGCCCCGUCACGAUCAGAAAGACGCUCGAGAAGCGCAACGAAGCGUCCAAGAAGGUGGUCAACGGCAAGUUGAUGAAGCAGCAACUGAAGGACAUCAAGAGCCAGCAGCAGAAGCAGCGCAGGGAGGAGGACACACAGAACAGGCAGCACGCCAAAGAGAAGGAGGACCUGCUGCGCCAGAGCCAGCAGCGUGCGUCGCAGCAGCAAAAGCAGAACGCAGCGCGCGAGGAGAAGAGCCAGCGCCAGCACAAGUCGGAGCGCGAGAACCUGCAGCGCCAGCAAAAGGCCGACCGCGAGCAGCUGCUCAAGAAGAACACGUCGGACGGCCGCAACCAGCGUCUGCGUGUGUCGGACCAGCAGAAGCAGCAGCAGAAGGAGUUCAAGGACCACCAGAAGCAGCAGCAGAAGCAGAAGGAGACCGAGCUCAAGACCACGAGCACCAUCGACAAGAACACGCCCAAGAAGCUGUCCAAGCACAUGCAGAACCACCAGAAGGUGGUGCAGGCGCAAGAGGUCUUCAUCCAGGACCUCGUGUUCCAGCAGCGCCAGGACCUGCAGAAGCUCCUGGACGACCAUCUGACUGGCACCCACAACCUUUCUUUUGAGAACAAGCAACAGAUGGAGCAGCUGUCGUCGUGGCACACGCAACAGACGUCCCAGCUGGCCGGCCAGCAUCAGUCCCAGAUGGAGUCCUACAAGGACUACCAGGGCACGCUGCGCGACAACAUGUCCCUGGAGCACCAGCAGGAGCGCAACCACCUGGAGCAGCACCACGCGCUCGAGAUCUCGCAGCUGAAGGACCGCCAGAUCAACGAGACCGAGCAGCACAACAAGCAGAUGAACAACGAGCAGCGCAACCAGCUGAAGGAGUUCCGCCUGAAGCAGACCGACCAGCUCAAGGAGUUCCUCAACAAGUUGAAGCGCGAGCUCAAGGAGGAGAAGACCAACAAGAAGCAGCUGCAGGUGCUGCACAAGGACCAGCGCAAGCAGUUUGAGCUCACGCUACAGCAGUGCGACAAUGAGUUCCAGAAGAAACUGCAGCGCCAGCGUCAGGAGGAAGACGAGGUGCUGGCCAUGCACCAGCAGGACUCGUUCAACAGGCUACAGGACCGCCAGACACAGGCACAGCGAGAGCUUGACGACAAGUUGCAGACCACCAAGAACAAGUUUGAGCAGGAGGCUCUGUUUGGCGAGGAGGAGAUCCUCAUCGAUCAGUACAAGGAGAAGCGCUUCCUUCUGAAGCAGCAGCACUCGGAGCAGCGCCAGAUCUACUUGGAGCAGCAACAGCAGCAGACGCGCCUACAACAGGACCAGUUCAAGGAGUCGCCCACGCUGCUACAAGAGCAGCACACGCGCCAGAAGGAGGUGCUGGACGAGCAGCACAAGGAGCGCCUGACGCUGCAGCAGGAGGAGCACCGCAUCCAACAGGACAGUCUGAAGAAGCAGGAGCAGAAGAAGAAGGGUGGCGUCGUCACCGACCUCCCAUCAUCAUUGGCCGCCGUCCAGCAGGAGCAGUCAAAGCAGCUGCAACAGCUGUCACAACAGAUGCAGACCGAGAUUGCUGCGAUGCACGAGCGCCAAGCCAAGGACGUUGCCAACCUACAGGCCGAGCAAACCAAGCAGCACGACCUGCUCAUCGCCGACCAGCAGCGCCAGCACCACGAGUUGGUCGAGGAUCAGAAGAAGCAGACAACCAAGCUCAAGGUCGAGUGUCCAUCAUUCAAGGGCAACGGCCAGCACAAGAAGCGACAGGGCAACCUGGUCGCUCCACCCAAGUUUAUGAGCGGACGUGACACGACUAGUGGCGCAGGCAUGCCCAAUGCGCCACACAUCAAGCACACGCGUUCAUUCUCCACAUCGCUGCCCUCGUAUCGCUUCGAGAACAACAAUGGCAACAGCAGUCUGCUCCCCUCAUCGACCUCAUCCUCUGCAUCCACCACACCAACAGACAAGCCAGCUCACAGUCUCAGUAGCAAUAACCUGCACCACGAUCGUGACUAA